AUGGCCAAGGAGCGGCGGGUGCGGAUGGUGGCGAAGCAGAUCCAGCGGGAGCUGGCGGACAUGCUGACCCGCGACCCCGUGAUGCAGCGCGCCGUCCUCCCCGAGGCCGCCCUCGGCGCCGACCGCUACCUCUCCUCCCUCACCACCAUCGCCGACGUAGAGCUCUCCAACGACCUGCAGGUGUGUAAGGUGUAUGUGUCCGUGUUUGGGGACGAGAGGGGGAAGAAGGUGGCCAUGGCCGGGCUCAAGGACAAGACCAAGUACGUCAGGAGCCAGAUUGGGAAGCGGAUGAAGCUGCGACUCACGCCCGAGAUACGGUUCAUCGAGGACGAGUCCAUGGAGCGCGGAAGCAGGGAAGAUCUUUGUCUAACCGACUCACCUCUGCAGAUUCUUACUAUACUGGACAAACUAAAGGAGGAAAGGGAGCAGAGAGAUGGUAAUGGUGAAGAAGAGGAUGGAGAAGCUUCAGAUAUGGCAGAAGAAGAAGAUGGUGACUGGGAGGGGGAUGAGCCAGAUGAGGAGGACAUAAUUUAUUUCAACGUCGCGGAGUGCCCGAUAGCGUCCAAGUGUGACGAAGAUGCUUGCAUCAGCCGUCUCAUGGACGAGCUGGAGAAGGAGGCCGAUGACAACGAGAAGCAUGAUAAAAGAGGCGAACGAGCGUGCUCCACUGAAAAGGGCGAAGAAAGGAUGCUCACUGCGAGAUACGCGAGAGAGCGAUGCAGUGGGCCGACCCAUUAUCUAGCAUUCGUAUUUUUCUGUAUUGCUUUUUUUAUUCCGGUUUUGGGAACCUUCUAG